GUGGAGCGUUGGGUCGGUGGUUGAACUUUUAACUUCAUAUUCUGCCACCAGCUGAAGGCGGGAAUCUGCUUUGGUUUUUAUUAUCUUGGUCUUUUGAGGCUUCUAGCAAGUUUUAAACAUGUCCUCUGUGUAUGCACCGCCUGUGCUGCUUCCAGUCGCCGACAAUGCUGUUAAGGGCAAAACUAUAACGGCUGGGUCGCGAAGAGCUGCUCUCGGAGAGAUUACAAACCGCCCUGCAGCCGUCGUUGUCACCAAGGUUGGACGAAACAAGGCCUGUGGAGCUGAGAAAGCCAAAGUUCAGCCAAUGGGCCCACUCAAGGUCCAAGCCCCGACAGUUCCACUUCCAGAGAUAUCAGCUGAUGUGUCAAUGAAGGAGGAAGAGGAGCAAGAACUGUGCCAGGCUUUCUCCAACGCAAUGCUCCCAGUGCAUGAUGUUGAUGAAGAGGAUGGUGACAUGCCUCACCUCUGCUCAGAAUAUGUGAAAGACAUCUACGGAUAUCUGCGCCAGCUGGAGGUGCAGCAGGCUGUACGUGCAAAUUACAUGGAAGGUUACGAAAUUACGCAUCACAUGCGAGCGCUUCUCAUCGACUGGAUGGUCCAAGUUAGUUCCAGGUUCCAGCUGCUGCAGGAGACCUUGUAUCUCUCAGUCGCUGUCCUUGAUCGUUUUCUCCAGGUCCAGCCUGUUUCUCGUAGAAAGCUGCAGCUUGUCGGUGUGACUGCAAUGCUGGUGGCCUGCAAGUAUGAGGAGAUGUACGCUCCAGAGGUGGGAGACUUCGCCUACAUCACAGACAACGCGUUCACUAAGGGUCAGAUUUUGGAAAUGGAGAAACAGGUCCUGAAGACGCUCAACUUUCAGUUGGGGCGUCCUCUUCCUCUUCACUUCCUCAGGAGAGCUUCAAAAGUGUCGAAUGCAGACACGGCAAGGCACACACUGGCCAAGUAUCUGAUGGAGUUGACUCUUAUUGACUACGACAUGGUGCACUAUCAUCCCUCAGAGAUCGCUGCUGCGUCUCUGUGCCUUACUCAGCUGCUCCUGAAUGGUCUGCAUUGGUCAAGCACACAGCAACACUACUCCACGUAUGACGAGGCCCACCUGAAGCCCAUCAUGCAGCACAUCGCCAAAAAUGUUGAGAUUGUGAACGAGGGAAAAACCAAGUUUCAAGCAGUAAAGAACAAGUACUCCAGCAGUAAACUGAUGAAGAUAAGUCUGAUUCCUCAGCUCAAGUCCUCAACAAUCAGCGACAUGGCAGCUGCUCUUCGUGCUCCUUGACUUAUUGGCUGCUAUUUACUGUCACUUGCACUUUAUUUUAAAUCCCGCUUUCUUUUUAAUAAAUGUUUUUAUGAAUCUUACUCCAAAGAUAAUAGUUUUGACUUUUCUUACAGCCCCCCCAAAUCGUCAACAAAAUGGCAUAUUUUGGAUAGAUCUGUACAAAUUCAUUUUCUGAGGUUGCUUGAAAUAAGUUUUUCUUUGUGUAGCAGGAUAGUUUGCGUUUGGCUGUUUCAUUAACUUGUAUGUCGUUUAACACUGAAUAUAAUUUACUCAGGUUUUUUUUUUUUUAUAUUAAUAUAUUCAAUCUGCCAGGUUUUACUUUCAAGUUUUAUGUCUGCACAAGUGUUUCAUGCCACCAGAUUUCGGUUUCUAAUUAGCAGACUAUGGUAUGACUGAAACCUUUUCUGCAGUUGUAUUUUUUUUCUGCCAGAAUAAAGUGAGGUGGAUCAA